AUGGACACCAUCCAUGAUGCCCGAUCUGUGGAUUGGUACGAUGGCAACGGGGCUAUCGAUCCUAAAUACCCAUACCCGAAUGUUGCAUCGGGGCCACUUCCUACGAACCAAUAUGAGAGAUCGUACGAGGAUCCUCCGACACAGUCUUUCGCUCCAGGUGUUCCUGCUCACGAUGUGAUGAACAUGCAGAUUCAAAACUUCAGUGGAGUCCACGCAUCGCAAGAUCAGCAUUCAUAUCACUACACUUAUGCUCCGUACUCCGUGCCUCACGGAUCUCAUCAGCAUUAUGACCCCAGAGUCGCGUACGGCAUCCUUCCCCAACAAUUGCCGCCAGCGUUCCCUCUUGUUUAUGGCCGAAACGUCACCUGUAGCUGGGAUGGGACUUGCGGCGUGACUCUCGACGACUUGUCGCCUGCCGGGAUUACACGCCAUUUGAAAGAACACCAUUUCCAGGGUGUACCUUGGCAUAAUAAGGAUCGUGGGCUGUGCAAAUGGGUGGACUGGGAUGGAAAAUGCGACAGAGAGCUGAAUCAUGCGAGCUUCGGAAAGCACAUUGCAUCUGUGCACUUGAAAAGCACCGCGAGAAGCUGCCCUCAUUGCCAUCACGAGCUUGGAAGAGCGGACUCUCUUGAUCGCCAUAUAAAGAAUUACUGCAGCCAGAGCCAGCGAGUGAAGAAGGAAGAGGGGGAAACGGGCGGCAAUAGCGCAAAGUGGUGCGUGCUCACUCACAGUUGGAGGCUCUUACAGUGA